AGAUUUUUCUAAAAUUUGAUCGAGAGGUUCUUUUGACAAAUAGAAGCAGCUUCUUCGAUGUUCACUUUGACCACUAGAGGAACCCCUUUAUCAUCAUAUUUGUGUUAGCAGGUGAGGUAUUUUUAUAUUCAUAAGAGAUCUCUUUCUUGUUGAUACUCCAUUUAUUAAUAAUAUACGGCAAAGAAGACAAUGGGACAAGUAAAAAAGAAGGCAUAUUGUACUCUUUCGUCGAUGAUUCAACAAAGACCAUCAGUGACAAAAGAAAAGAAUGUUUUUACUUUUUAGUUGGAGUAUACAUUUAUGCAUUUAUUUAAAAUUAUACACAAAUGUUAUUUUAUUUUUAUUAUUUACAAACGACAGUAUGUUGUGCGUUUAGGAAGGAAACUUGGUCCCCAAUUAAUAGUUGACCGACCAUGAGAUCCUCCUCUCUGUCUCUGUGUAUAAAUACUAUAUGAUUGUGAAGACACAACAGGUUUAAGAUCAUAAAACACAAACACACAUUCGGGUUUAAGUAACUGGAAGAAAAGCGUCCAUUCUUUUAGCUCGUAACGAUGGAGGAACACUCUGAUCUGCCUUCGAGAUCCAUGGAGGUUGCAGCAACUGCUCUACCCCUCAACGACGAAGAGUAUGUCUAUGAGGAUGCGCGGAGCGAGGAGUGCAGUGAAGUGGAAGACGCCGACCAAAAAUACUGUGAAAACAGAUUGAAGGAUAUUGAUAAUGGAGAUCAGGACAGUUACCCACACAAGUUUGCUGUUUCGAUUUCUGUCUCUGAGUUCAUUGCCAAGUAUAAAAGUCUAUUCAACGGCGACCAUGUUGACGACCAAGUUUCUGUAGCCGGACGGAUAAUGAGCAAGAGAUCAUCAUCUUCCAAGCUUUCAUUCUAUGAUUUGAAUGAUAGUUGUUUAAAGGUCCAAGUGAUGGCUGAUUUAAGGAAGUCUGAACUAGAUAAAGAUGAGUUUGCUAAGCUCCAUGCGUUUGCUAAGCGUGGAGAUAUCGUCGGUGUCACUGGUUUUCCAGGAAAAACUAAGAGAGGAGAGUUAAGUAUCUUCCCACGAUCGUUUACUGUGCUGUCUCCUUGCCUCCACAUGUUGCCGAGUCCUGCUAACAAUAAGAAGCAAGAAAUUUGGUCUCCAGGACACCUAAGACAUCCUCAAACAUAUGUUCUUAAAGAUCAGGAAACUCGUUUUCGCCAGCGGUAUCUUGAUCUGAUGAUGAACAAUCAUGAGAUUCCACAGAUAUUCAAGACCAUUGAUAACAUAAACAAAUACAUUAGAAGAUUCCUCUCCCUUCUUGAUUUCGUAGAGGUUUCGACUCCAAUGUUGCACACGAUACCCGGUGGAGCAGCUGCGCGUCCCUUUGUGACACACCACAACGACCUCGACAUGAAGCUAUACAUGCGUAUCUCACCCGAACUUUACCUCAAGCAGCUUGUCGUCGGCGGCAUGGACCGUGUCUACGAGAUUGGGAAGCAGUUCAGGAACGAGAGUAUUGACAUGACGCACAACCCCGAGUUCACCACUUGCGAGUUCUACAUGGCUUACGCGGACUACAAUGACUUGAUGAAAAUGACUGAAGAUUUGCUGAGUGGGUUGGUCAAGGAGCUAACGGGUGGUUACAGAGUCAAGUACCAUGCUAAGGGAUAUGAUAAGGAUCCGAUAGUAAUCGACUUCACUCCUCCAUACAGGAGGAUUGAUAUGAUAGGAGAGUUGGAGAAGGUGGCUGAACUCAGCAUACCGAAGGAUUUGGCAGGUGAGGAAGCUAACAAGUAUCUCAUUGAUGCAUGCGGGAGGUUUGGUGUCAAGUGCGCAGCUCCUAUGACUACUGCUCGUUUGUUGGAUAAACUUGUUGGACACUUUCUGGAAAGGACAUGUGUUAACCCCACUUUUAUAAUGAACCACCCGGAGAUAAUGAGUCCUUUGGCAAAGUCGCAUAGAUCCAUCAAGGGGUUGACUGAACGGUUUGAGCUGUUCAUUAACCAACACGAACUGUGCAAUGCAUACACUGAGUUGAAUGACCCUGUGGUACAGCGUCAGCGUUUUGCUGAUCAGCUCAAGGAUCGGCAAAGUGGAGAUGAAGAGGCAAUGGCAUUGGAUGAGAGCUUUUGCACAGCUCUGGAGUAUGGAUUGCCUCCUACAGGUGGUUGGGGACUUGGAAUAGACCGGCUUGCUAUGUUGCUUACCGACUCCCAGAACAUUAAGGAAGUUAUUACCUUCCCACUAAUGAAGCCUCAGGCUCAGGAUGCAGCUCCAGAAGCUGAGGAUAGCAAGGUUUAAAGGACUGCCCAUUGUUUCUUGAAAUAAAGAUAGUUUUUCUGAUUUUUUGUUUGGUUUUCAGCUUUUUCUUGUAAUUAAACCGAAAAAUAAUAAUAGUUUGUAUUUUAAUUUUUAAAUAAUUCGAGUUUAUAUUGUUCAAAAUAAAAAAGAA